AUGUUUAUUAAUUAUUUUAUUAAUAAAACUUUAAAUAGUGUUAUAGCCAAAGUGCGUUUAAAAGCUGAUUUUUUCGACAUAAUUUCAUAUAAAAUGAUUAUUCCUUUUCCAUUUUGUAACUCAGAAUUCAUUGAAUCAAUCUUAAUUGCUUCACCAAAACAUUCUAAAGAUUCCACAAGCCUUUCCAAUUUCUGAAUUUUUAUUCCUUUGCUUAUUUGAUUACCCAAUAAUAUGAAUACAAAUUAA